AUGCAAUUCCCCACAUUUAGUGCCCUGUUUCUCUCGAUUUUCAGCUGCCAACUAGUAUUAGAUGUCACUCAAGCGAUGGAGAUUUUCAAGGAUGGCGAUGCUGCCAUUGCGGCGGGAAGCUCCUCGGAAUACGGAAUGGCUUCCCCCACAGUCGCUACAGCGCAUCAACUUCGGCAUUGGAUGCCCCUUGCACAAGCUCCCUAUGUCAGGCAAGCUGUCGAAGAGUUCCAGGAACAUUUUGACCGUCUUUUUCAAGGACGUUCUCCAGCAUUACAAACUCCAGAGGACGCAGACGAGGCGACGCUUGCUAAGCGCUACGCCACCAGUAAGUGA